UCCAACACGUUUCACGAUCCACCUCCCCGGUAGGAGGAGCUCGGGAUCAGCAGGGAUCACCGCGGAGAUCGAACAUCAGGCUCGGGUCAGGCAGCAGCGCACACAGGGCUCCGGCCCCGCAAUCACAGCUGCUGUACGGGACGGCACAGGCGCAGAUCUGCCUCGGACAUGGUGGCACGGCGCAGCGGCGUGGAUUAGCGGAUACAGGAUCCCGGUGCGUCCCGUGACAUGCAGUGGCCGGAACCGGACCCUAGAUCAGGCGCUGACCGCACCUGGCUGUGAAUUCUGACUACCCCCCGGGGACGGCAGCCUUUGAGCCCGACACCAGCCACCGGUUACCGGAGAACCGACAGCGAUGGCUCUGGUGACCCUACAGCGAUCCCCGACCCCCAGCGCCGCCUCCUCGGCCAGCACCAGCGAGGAGUUUGGGAAUGAUGAAGAUCGAAGGACAAACCUGAGUUUGAGUGACAGUUUUUUCAUGGUGAAAGGCGCUGCCCUCUUCCUGCAGCAGGGGAACAGCUUCCAAGGACAAAGGAGUCUUCUCCACUUGCACAAAAAUGCUGGAGAUCUCCCACAACACCUUCAGGUUAUGAUCAAUCUUCUCCGUUCUGAAGAUCGUAUUAAACUGGCUGUCCGUCUGGAGAGCAGCUGGUCAGACCGGGUACGAUACAUGGUGGUGGUCUACAGUAAUGGACGGCAAGACACGGAAGAGAAUAUACUACUGGGAGUGGACUUUAGCAGUAAAGAAAGUAAGAGCUGCACUAUCGGCAUGGUUCUGCACUUGUGGAGUGACACCACCAUACGGUUGGAUGGAGAUGGCGGAUUCAGUGUCAACACUGCAGGGAGAACCCACGUGUUCAAACCAGUGUCGGUGCAAGCCAUGUGGUCAGCCCUUCAGAUCCUGCACAAGGCCUGUGAGGUUGCCCGACGGUACAAUUACUUCCCUGGUGGGCUGGCUCUUGUGUGGGCCACAUUCUAUGAGAGCUGCAUCAGUUCUGAGCAAAGUUGUAUCAACGAGUGGAACACCAUGCAGGACCUGGAGUCCACUCGGCCAGACUCCCCUAUCCUCUUCAUGGAGAAACCGAAUGAAGGUGAGAGGACUGAGUGGGUUAUCAAAGCAAAACUUCGUGGCAUCAUGAUGAGCAAGGACUUGGAGAAUGUAACAUGCAAAGAGAUCCGUAAUGAGCUGGAGAAGAAGCUGAGCUGCAACUUGAAAGAAUACAAGGAGUACAUAGACAAUGAAAUGUUACUGAUCCUUGGGCAGAUGGAUAAAGCCUCUCUCAUCUUUGAUUACCUUUACUUGGGCUCUGAAUGGAAUGCUUCAAAUCUGGAGGAGCUGCACAAUGCAGGAAUUGGCUACAUACUGAAUGUGACCAGGGAAAUAGAUAACUUUUUCCCCGGCCUUUUUGCCUAUCAUAAUAUCCGUGUAUAUGAUGAGGACUCCACUGAUCUGCUCUCCCACUGGAACGAGGCCUAUAACUUCAUUAACAAAGCAAAAAAAAAUAAUUCCAAGUGUCUGGUGCACUGCAAAAUGGGAGUCAGUCGGUCGGCUUCUACAGUCAUUGCUUAUGCCAUGAAAGAAUAUGGCUGGUCCAUGGAGAAAGCAUACAAUUACGUGAAACAGAAGCGCAGUGUAGCGAGACCAAAUGCGGGUUUCAAGCGCCAACUCUCAGAAUAUGAAGGAAUCCUUGAUGCCAGUAAACAACGACACAACAAACUGUGGAGGCAGCAUGUGGAGUGUGGAAUGCCGCAAACAGAGUUAGAUGCCCCGUUUAAGCCACAUAAUUUGGAAUCAGAGAUUACAUACACGUUAAAUGAAGAAGAGGUGGACGAUCAAGUCUUGCAGGAAAGCCAAUGUUUUGGGCAUCUUGCAGAGCCUCAUGAAUUAAUUGAGCCACCAAAUGUGGUGCUUCAAGUGGAAGACCUGGAGAGAGAUGCCCUACUGGGAGAAACCCCAUUCCCAGAGCCAUAUUGCACAAUAAAAGCCAAAGAGAAAACCUGCAGCUACAAGGAAUCCUUACUGAUGGGAAAAGAUUCUGAUUUCAGGAUGCAGGAAGUGAGAAAGAAGUUGGAUUUUGUAGAAAGUGUAAACCCAAAGAACCUUGAAGAUGACCUAACCUCAGCUGAAAGUGAGCGGAGGAAGCUGGCUGCACCCAUGGAGUAUAAUAGAGAGGAUCAGCGUGCCAGCAAGGAAUUCUUGAACAGCAGCAGCAGUAAAAGAAGCUGCCCUAUAGACAAUGAGGAAGAUGCAGUGUUUGGAAUCCUGAGCAAAGUCAAGCCAACUUACCCAUCAUGUAGAGACUGCAUGUACCCUGCAACUGCCAUGUCUUCUGAUGCACAGGGGGAGUGGCAGCAGCAAGAUUCUACUGACCUAUCAGAUGCUCCCACAGUAUGCAGUCAACCAGCACUAUUACAGCACAUGACUUCAGCAGUAUUGGAAAGAAUGCAUGGACACCAGUUGUGUAAAGAAACACAUUUGCAGACUGGUUCAAAAUCGUUUCGUACAACACCUUCAAAGGCUGCUGAUAAGAAUUUCAGUGACUCUGUAAAGUUGCAGGAUGAGAUUGGUCAAGCAGAGUCCUGUGAAGACUCUGUUUCUAAAAAAGAAUCCAGACAGUCUAAAGACCUAAAAUAUUUAUUUUUCAGCAGUGAUUUAGAAAAGCCUGCUAUGCAUAGUUACUUGAUGCAACACCAAGAGUCCAUAAUUCAGCUCCAGAAAGCUGGCUUGGUCAGAAAGCAUACCAAAGAAUUGGAACGAUUUAAGAGCAAAGGCUCUUCUGUCCUCAAAGAAGAUACCUUAGACAAGACUGAGUCAGAUAUUUCUAAAGAUGUAGGAACAGAGCAAGUUUCAGUACAGCUUGGUGUAGAUCAAAAGGAUAUCAUAGAAAAAGUAGAUGUGCCGGAAAUAUCAGAUGGCGUGUUUCAGAAGACAUCUACUCCAUGCUACUGCAAAAUGGAUCUGAUAAGUAGCUGUACAAAAGACUUCCUGAAGACCAUUUGCUACACACCAACAUCCUCUUCCAUGAGUUCCAAUCUCACUCGCAGUUCAAGCAGUGACAGCAUCCAUAGCGUUCGUGGCAAGCCUGGACUUGUCAAACAGAGGACUCAGGAAAUUGAAACGCGGAUGCGUCUAGCAGGUCUCACUCUGUCUUCCCCUCUCAAGAGAUCUCACUCUCUAGCCAAAUUGGGAAGUCUAAAUUUUUCCAGUGAUGAUUUAUCAUCUGACCCUAACAACUUUCAAAGAUCUGAAUGCAAGAGCCCUAAAUUAAGUGAGAGUCCUCUCUGCACAGGAACCCCAUCAUCAUCCUCAGGGGCAACAGAAACCCAAUCGGGUCACUUGGAAUCUACAAAUUCAUCGAUGACUGAGACAGAGACAAGAUGACUUUUUUGUUUAUUAGAGGUUUCUUUCCCCUUUAGCCACUGUUUAUUUUAUUGUAUGUUUAAACUAAAUGUGAUGUGCAUGUUUGUAUGAGACUAAUAUUAUGUUGCUUUUAUGCCCGUGGCAAAUUUACUUGACUAAGAAAUAGUGAAUAUUAUUCAGAACUCCUAAGUGUUUUUUGUUAAUUUUGUAUUAUGGAUUUUUUUUAUUGUUAUUGAUUUGUAUUUAAUCUCAGGUGGGAAAACUCAAAGAUGAUAUAUAUGUGUAAAGAUAUGGUACACUUCACAUUUAUUGAACCCUACCUCCAUUUACUUAGUGUGUAAUAAACAAUGACACUCCAGUAUAUUGUAUUGUAAGCUUAACAUGAACAUGUCUUCAGGUCCUACACUGGCUUUUUAUGUAUUUAUUAUAUAGCCCCCUGUUCACUUUGUGAAGAGCAUAAUUUGUUCCUCUAAGAGAAGAGAGCCUUUACUAGACCAUUCUAUGAAAUAUGCUAUGCUCUCAUGUGCCAGCUUUUACUGAGUCAACGCAUAGAGGAAUCAGCAUUGCAUAUUCUGACAGCACAAAAUCUGCUAUUGAGUCAAGCUAUUAACUUGAGCUCACUUUAUUAUGUGCUCUUUCCUUUGAAAAUAGGAUCAAAAAUGAGUUGUGUGUUUUUAUCAACUACAUAGCGCAAGAAGGCUUGAUGUAAGCGAAUAUAAAAAAAAAGAUCAGUGUUGAAUCUGGUGACAAGUUUUUGUUAAAGAGCCACAUAGCUAUACUCCGAAGCCACACCUAAAUGUUCUAUUUAACAUUCAAGGGUAAUAAUUCUUCCUGGUGCUUUCUUUAGAUAUUUUCCUAUUAGACACAUUAACUGUGUGUUUGACUUGAUCUGUUCUACAAGAAUGCCUUGAAUAAUUGUCUCUCUAACAAUCAAGACUUGACUAUAGCCUCAACUGCUGUUUUUGUUUUUUAACUCCUUAUUUUAUCACAGUGGAUAUACAGAUAGCAAUGCUACACAUUAGUAUAUGGAAGUAUUGCAUACUUUCACUCUGACAACUGUGGGCAGAGAGAAGAGCUGAUAUGUACAGUUUGAUAUAGUAUACCUAGCCCCCCAUUUAUCAAGUAUCGGUGAGUGAUAAAUAGCACGGUGAUAAAGUACAAGCCAAUCAGCUACUAACUUCCAUGUCACAGACCGUGUUUGAAAAAUGACAGGAGCUGAUUGGUUGGUACUUUGGGGCAGAUGUAUUAGUCUGGAGAAGUGAUAAAGCAGUGAUAAGUGGGAGGUGAUAAUGCACCAGCCAAUCAGUAUGGGUUUGAAAAAUGACAGAUAGGAGCUGAUUGGCUGGUGCGUUAUCACCUUGCACUUAUCACUGCUUUAUCACUUUAUCCCUUCUCCAGGCUUAAUACAUCUGCCCAUUUAUCACUGUGCUAUUUAUCACUCUCCAAGGCUUGAUAAAUAUGGGCCAUAGUGUUUAGACCAACAUAAUAAUAACUUAAUAAAAAUGGAAUAAUACGGAGCCCUUCUUCCCUUCUUCGUAUACUUUUAUACACCCUCCAGUUGGCUUAGCUUAAAAGUCGCCCUCUUCUAAUGUAAUUGUGAUAAUGCUUUGACAGCUUCCCCAUUCCAGCAGCUGAAUAAUUUUGAUUUCUUUGCAUUGCUGGUAAUGUGUAGGCAGUAUUGGAAUGGUGGAAGAGUAGCCUGUGUUUUAGAAGCGGGCAUUUUAUGAUUUGUAAUGUUUCAAACUUAUUACAAUAUUUAUUUUUCCCUGUGGGAGAACGUCCUCCUGUAGUCGAGGUAAUGAUUACAGUAAUGAUUGGGAAGAGAAAAAAUGGAGGCUCUUAGUGUAUAGAACCGGACAAAGCAUUACAGUGACACGGUGAUGUAGCCCCUUAUUGAAUUCUAAAUUCCAUACUUUUUUUUUUUUUGCAAUAUGCCAAAGCAUAGUAGUGCAAUUAUCUGUUAAUAUAGAUUUUUUGUUUAUAUUAGAAUCGUGUCAAAAUGCACUUUCCAGUGUUAGUUUGUCAAACAGCAUAUUAAUGUUACAUUUUAGGCGUAGGUUUUGCCUUCUGCAAUGGUGGAGCAACUAAUUUACACUGCUGCAAACUGCUUUUUAUACAAACAGAAGGCCAUGUAUGUUGUACUGUACACACAAUGCUGUUCACUGCAAGCUGAAGACAGUCACAGCUUCAGAAGAGUUUUAUGUUUGAGCAGUGCAGUCUUUCAUGGUUUCACUUUGAAUGCCAAGAUCCUUCAUCUUGAUCUUGCGUCAUGGGUUGCAGUGUUUUUUUUUUUUUAGUAUUAAUAACAAUUUGGUAAUUUUUUUACUGCCAAAGCCAUUGCUGCAUAGAUGCACCUUUUAGAGGGCACCACUUGUACAGUAUUACCAUGUGGCAAGAAAGGAUUACACCUAAUAGAGCCUUACGUCUUGCUGUUGGCCACAAUGAUAUACUGACUCCAGCAACUUAAGUGGGUGUCCCUCAUGCCCUAUUGUGAAAAGACUGCCACUCUGUUUCUACAGAACCCAAACUGCUGACUCCAUUAUCUUCCCAAAAGAAUUAUAUUUAUUUUGUUACUUUUUAUACUACUACAUUACAUCAUUACAUACAGUAUGUAAGGGUUUGCGUCAUAUAUAUUUCUGCAUCCAUAUGUAUCAGAAGUAUGAUGCACUUAAAUCAUUGGAUAGUAUGUGUGUGUUUAUAUUUCAUAUGUUCCAGAAAGACAAUACAUAUUUUUGUGCAGUAAAAUACACUUUGUUGGAUUAUUUUGACAGCGAUUAAAGACUUGAAGAUUAA